AUGCCUUCCAGAAGUACCUUCCACAUAUACCUUCCAGAAAUACCUCCCACGUAUGCCUUCCAGAAAUACCGCCCACAUAUACCUCCCAGAAAUACCUCCCACGUAUGCCUUCCGGAAAUACCGCCCACAUAUAGCUUCCGGAAAUACUGCCCACAUAUAGCUUCCGGAAAUACCGCCCACAUAUACCUUUCAGAAAUACCGCCCACAUAUACCUCCCAGAAAUACAUCCCACGUAUGCCUUCCAGGAAUACCUCCCACCUUCCGGAAAUACCGCCCACAUAUACCUCCCAGAAAUACCUCCCACAUAUGCCUUCCGGAAAUACCACCCACAUAUACCUCCCAGAAAUACCGCCCACAUAUACCUCCCAGAAAUACCUCCCACGUAUGCCUUCCAGAAAUACCGCCCACAUAUACCUUUCGGAAAUACCGCCCACGUAUAUCUUCCGGAAAUACCGCCCACAUAUAGCUUCUGGAAAUACCGCCCACAUAUACUUCCCAGAAAUACCUCCCACAUAUGCCUUCCGUAAAUACCACCCACAUAUACCUCAAAGAAAUACCGCCCACAUAUACCUCCCAGAAAUACCUCCCACGUAUGCCUUCCAGAAAUACCGCCCACAUAUACCUCCCAGAAAUACCUCCCACGUAUGCCUUCCAGAAAUACCGCCCACAUAUACCUUUCGGAAAUACCGCCCACAUAUAGCUUCCGGAAAUACCGCCCACUUAUACCUCCCAGAAAUACAUCCCACGUAUGCCUUCCGGAAAUACCGCCCACAUAUAUCUCCCAGAAAUACCUCCCACGUAUGCCUUCAAGAAAUACCGCCCACAUAUACUUCCCAGAAAUACCUCCUACCCUGCAGAAGAUUGAACACACCGGAUGGCGAUGCUGCCUUCUGGAACGAUGCAAAAAGCGUAAAUUGGACAUGCACAUAUCCCCCUCCCGAUCCGCGUCCACCUUCGCGAUUUUUCACUCUUUUAACCUUUCACUCUCCCUCUCUAUUCCUAUUUCUCCCUCUCUUUCUACCUUUUACUCUCCCUCUCUAUACCAAUCUCUCCCUCUCUAUCCCUAUCUCUCCCCCUCUUUCCACCUUUCACUCUCCCUCUCUAUCCCAAUCUCUCCCUCUUUUUCCACCUUUCACUCUCCCUCUCUUUUUACUUUUUACUCUCCCUCUCUAUACUAAUCUCUCCCUCUCUAUCCCUAUCUCUAAUUCUUUCCAUUUUCACUCUCCCCUCUAUCCCAAUCUCUCCUCUUUUUCCACCUUUCACUCUCCGUCUCUAUUCCUAUUUCUCCCUCUCUUUCUACCUUUUACUCUCCCUCUCUAUACCAAUCUCUCCCUCUCUAUCCCUAUCUCUCCCCCUCUUUCCACCUUUGGCUCUCCCCCUCUAUCCCAAUCUCUCCCUCUUUUUCCACCUUUCACUCUCCCUCUCUAUUCCUAUUUCUUCCUCUCUUUCUACCUUUUACUCUCCCUCUCUAUCCCAAUCUCUCCCUCUUUUUCCACCUUUCACUCUCCCUCUCUAUUCCUCCCUCUCUUUCUACCCUAUCUCUCCCCCUCUUUCCACCUUUCACUCUCCCUCUGUAUCUCUCCCUCUUUUUCCACAUUUCACUCUCUCUCUUUCCCUAUCUCUCCCUCUCUUUCCACCUUUCACUCUCCCUUUCUGUCCAUCUCCCUCCUUCUCUUUCCACCUUUCACUCUCCCUCUCUAUCCCUAUAUCUCCCUCUCUUUCCAUCUCUCCCAUCUAUUUCUCACGAAUGCACACAAACGAGUAUACAUCCUCCAUACAGACGCGCACGCCUGGCGCUGUGAAUUCUUUAUUUCUCUUAUAUCGUUUAUCUACCUUCUCCCCACCUCUCGUUACCUCAUUUUCGCGUUAUUUCUUUUCAUUGAAUUCUCUGCCAAUGUCUUACGCAAUCUUCCUUCUUUGCCAGCUCAUCAAUUUAGCGUGUUUGAACUCCAUUCGCCCUUACUGACAUGUUCUUCCUUCCCUAAUCGAUGUCUGUUAAGAUUACUUUUGUCUGCCACAGUUUAUUCUUCUUCUUUAUAUGCCGUGUCCUUUCGGGACUCCAUCAGCAAUUUUACCAAGACUGUAACACUGACCAGCGGAAUCGGCGAGGAAAUGCGCUUCUCAGUUAGUGUCUGGGCACACCAUAAUUCCUUUCUUCCUAUUUCUUUUGAUUUUCACUCACCUCGUGAUCAUUUUCUUUCUUUCUUUCUUUCUUUCUUUCUUUCUUUCUUUCUUUCUUUCACAUUUGCUCCCACUUUCUUUUUCCAUAUUUUUCUUUCUUUCUUUCUUUCUUUCUUUCUUUCUUUCUUUCUUUCUUCAUCCUGCUUGUUAUUUUCUUAUGAAGAAUUCUUUCUUUCUUUCUUUCUUUCUUUCUUGCUUGCUUGCUUUCGUUCUUUCUUUCACAUUUGCUCUCACUUUUGGAUUCCCGAGUUUAAAAUCGACAUCUAUCUAUCUAUCUAUCUAUCUAUCUAUCUAUCUAUCUAUCUAUCUAUUUCAGUCAGUUUCUAUCUAUCUAUCUAUCUAUCUAUCUAUCUAUCUAUCUAUCUAUCUAUCUAUCUCAGUUUUCGAAACUUCCAGAUCCCAACAGACGUACCAGCCCUUCACCUGAAACUUGCUUCUCUUUCCCACUCCUUUCUAUCAACGCAACCAUCCGUUUUUAUCUCCUUUCUUUUGCUACGGACACACUAUUUCUUCGGACACAUUAUCACUGCAGGACAGAAUUUGCCUUACAUUUUUAAUGACAGUUCUCUGACCACUCCUACGCACUUCUCUCUACCCAACCUUCUCCUCCACCCUCCUUAUUUUUCUUCUUUUCCUCCUCCUCCUUAUUCUUCUUCAAUAUUUCUUUCUUUCGUUCCUUUCUUUCUUUCUUUCUUUCUUUCUUUCUUUCUUUUUUCUUUCUUUCUUUCUUAUUCGGAACCUUUUUUCAUUUAUUCUUUUUCCAUUUCAUCGCCAUUCUUCAGCAUUUUAAUUUCUCCCAAAUUUCCUUCGUUAUUUAUAUUUUUAUUAUUUUCCAUUCUUUUUACUCCUCUCAUUUCUUCUUCUUCUUCUCAUCAUCAUCAUCAUCAUCAUCAUCAUCCUUUUCUUUUCAUCAUCAUCAUCAUCAUCAUCCUUUUCUUCUUCUUCACUUUUAUUUUUUUUCUCUCCUUGUUUACGUAUUUUUCGAUAGAUUUAUUUAUGUCUUUUCUUUCUUUCUUUCUUUCUUUUCUUUUAACAUUUUCCAUUUCCUUUUUCAUUUUUCAUUUUUUCUUUCUUUUCAUUUCAUUCUAUUUUCUUUUCAUUCUUUCAUUCUUUCUUUCUUUUAACAUUUCAUUCCUAUUUUCUUUUUCAUUCUUUCAUUCUUUCUUUCUUUUAACAUUUCAUUCCUAUUUUCUUUUUCAUUCUUUCAUUCUUUCUUUCUUUUAA